AACGCGAGUAAGGAGCAGAUGAAAAAUGGCGGCCCAUCUGAAGAAGAGGGCUUACGAAGAGUACGUGCAGUCUGUCACUCAGGAGGACAGACCACAACCAGUGAAACUCUACAUACAUGUCAGACAGAGACAAGAUUCAUGUACCUUGUUUUUGCCAACUUUGGAAGGAAGCAGUGCUGAUCAGGCUUUAACAACUCUGCUUGACUUUGGUAGUAACCUCACUCAUCUUAGCUCUGCACAAACAGAGAGUGUGGCACAAAGUAUACUCAAGCAGUAUCAACAACAAGCAAGUACAUACAUAUCAGUUAAAGUGAAAUUGCUUCAGCUUCUGAGUCAAGUUGCCCUUACACCAGGUUUCCGUGUUGCAGCUCUAGCAGGAGAACUACUGACUCUAUUAACAUCAACAGAGUCCCACAGAGUGAAAGUACAGUUAUUAUCAAGUCUGACUUCCCUUGGACGAUCUUUGUUUGACCAUGCUGAUAUUCAUGACAAAAUGGUAGAAGCUGCAAAACAGCACUUGUCAGAUCUUCAUCAUACUGUGCGUUGUGAGUGCCUGUCAUUGAUUGGAGCUUUAAGUACAAUCGAAAGAGUGGGAAGUAAGAAGGAAGAGAAGAAAUAUCAACGUUUGCUAUGCACCUACAUAGAUGAUCAAGACCCUCGAGUUCGGCAAAGUGCUUUAAAAGCGAUGCUUACUUUACAUCAACGUGGACAACGCCUUGACCUUUCCAUCUACCAACAAUCUGUCAAGGUGCUUUCUGAUGACUUUGAUGGAGUAAGGUUGGCUGCACUCAAGCUCAUAUGGGUACUAAGUCAUGUCUACCCCGAAGAAAUGUUAGCUGUGCAGGGAUCGAGUGAAGAUAAGUUGCGGCUUAUUGAUGAUGGGUUUACCAACAUCUGUCAAAUGGUAAAUGAUCAGUCAGUGAAUGUACGAUCAGAGGCUGUUGGUUUGCUUGGAUCUCUUCAUCUUGUCAGUCCAAAGUUCCUGCAACAAACCCUAGACAAGAAACUUAUGUCAGGACUAAGGAGGAAGCGAACUUCUCAUGAGCGACAAAAAGAGAGUUAUGCAUCUGGUGAUUGGUCUACUGGUCAGAAGUGGAAUGAUGAUGCCCCCAAAGAACUGAUUGAUCCCUGCAAUGUCAGUCUCAUCAACAGCGGUUCUUGUGGUGCAUUUGUACAUGGCUUAGAAGAUGAAUUCUUAGAGGUACGUUCAGCAGCCUUGGAUUCCCUGUGUGAACUAGCAACACAUUCUCCUUCAUUUGCUCGCCUGUCUCUUGAUUUCCUGGUUGACAUGUUCAAUGAUGAGAUAGAAAGUGUGCGACUUAAUGCAAUAUGCAGCAUGAGAAAAAUUACUAAACACAUUGUGCUGCGUCAAGAUCAGCUGGAGAUUAUCCUCAAUGUAUUGGAUGACUUUUCAAGAGAAAUUAGGGAAGCGCUACAUGAACUACUCUGCACUGUUGUCUUGGCAACAAAAUCAUGUUUGAGUAGGUCACUCCACUUUUUGAUGAGAAAUCUGAACAAGUAUCCCCAGGAUAAGUCCUCCAUCUGGAAUUGUCUGAAGCACUUGGGCAAGUCGCACCAUGAUCUUACGCUGACACUGGUACCUGAAUUGUUAGGAACCCAUCCCUACUUUGAUACACCAGAACCUGACAUGGAUGAUCCUGCCUAUAUUGGUGUGAUGAUUCUUAUUUUGAAUUCUGCAGCAGAAUGCCCUACCAUGGUAUCCUUGUUUCCUGAUUAUACAAUCAGACAUUACUCAUACCUGAGAGAUAGCCUACCCCACCUUGUGCCUUAUGUGAAGUACAUAUCAUCAAGGAGUUUGGAGUCAUCACAUGGACCACUUAGUGAUGAGCAGGGCCAUAGUAUUUUCCUUGCCCAGACUCUGGAAAAUGUUCAGCAUUUAGACACUAUGAGUAGACAGUCUGCGGUCAGUCUUAUGCAGCUUAUUAUCAGGGAUCUUCAUAGAGUAAGUGCAGCUGAACCAGGACUGUCAGCAUGUGCAGACUUCUGUGCUCAGUACAUUCAGUGCCAGCUAGUUCUAAAUAAGGCAUUGAGUGAAGACCGAUGGAAUAUACCAGCUCCUUUGUGUCCACAACAGAGUGCUGAUACGAUGUUGGCAGCAGCAACCCAAAUCUUGGACUUUAGCUACCAGUUAGAGCAUUUAUUCUUAGGAUGUAGUAAGUCUGAGCAGGCUAGCAUCAUUCAAAUGAGGAUUCGUGGAUGGUCCUUGGAAUUUCUUGUACAACUGCGAGGGAAACUGAGCAAUAGUGCAAGUAAACAAGGAGCAACACAGGGAACAUGCCAGCAGUAUCUGAACAGACUCGGCCUGAUCAAAAGGUAUUUCUCUGCAGCUGGAGUUAAGCCAGAUACCUUCACUCAUGCUCUAUUUUCUGAGAUGAACAAACUGGAUGGUACUAAGGCAGGCAUACUUGCCAAGUUACUGCAACCCUUGCUGCUUCAUCAUAGUAUCCCAUCACUUCUUCCAUCCAACAAGUUAAGUAAGGUGACUGCAAAAAUUCAGGAACCAGCUGGAGGAUCAGACAAUCCAUUAAGGUUUACUGCUGGACUGGCAUUAGCCAUUGAUGUUGAUUGUAUGCUAGACAAUGUGCAAGAUGUCAACAGGAUCAAAAUACAGGUCAAGUUUCCCGAUUGCCAAGUGCAAUUGUUUAGUCCAAAGACAUCUGAUUUCCGUAGCUUGUCCCCACUCAGGCAUAGGCUACAAAUGCAAGUAUAUAUGUCUCAUUCAAUGUGGUCAGAUCCUUGCCAGAUACAGGUCUCAGUAGUGAUGACUUACAAUCCUGACAAGAUAGGAGGCAAUCCAGUUGUGAGAGGGGCAGACAGAGCAAGCAAGCAAAGAACACUAAAUUUGUGUGAACCAGUCAAGGUGUUUGUUAUGCCUAGACCAGCUAAGAAAUGAGAAUGCAUCCCUUGUGGUGCAUGAAAAUGCGACGUGUUGAACACAAACUCCCAGAGCAUGACACAUGGAUAGGUGAGAGUAUCCAAACAGUGCAGGAAUGAGACAUGGUAUAUUUUAACUUUGUUGGUAUGACGUUUCCCUUUCAUAGUUACUGUGUUAACAUGCCUAUGACAAGCUGUGCUGAGCAUUUGCAACCAGCUUCUGCUGGAAUAUACAAUCUGUUUGUGCAAAGGCCUAUGGCACAAGCACAGUUGAAUAUUUCCCAACCAGCCUUUCCCUCCAUUGCUAGUGAGGAGCACUUCUAGUCUGACUUCUAUUCUAGUAUUGCUGAGAGCUUAGAGCAUUCUUUU